AUGAACCCGGCCUCCUCCUCAGUCCGCAUCGCUGAACCUCCCUGGUCGAAGUGGCGUAUACCAAAAGAGCUGAGGAAAGAAUCUUCAGAUGAACAAUUAUUUCUCAUCAUGCUGUAUGUCAAACGCGCAACGUUCAGUGCAAUGGCUUUGUACCAGGCAGAUCAAGAUAGCGAGCCCGAUGACUUCAGCACGAAAGCUAGCAUCAUGUUUGUUCGCCUGCCAGGCGGGUCGUUCGUCUUGAUGAUGAAGGUUCAGAAGCCCGUGUCGGAGGCGAAGAAUGAAUACUAUAGUGUGAUAUUGGCCACAGGUGUCUCAUUCCGUUUUGAUGAGAGCCCCCCAUCUAUGCAAUGGCUUCAGGAUGACACCUCGUUCACUAUCCAUUUCGGCACUUCUGAGGAGCUGAGAGCCUUGGUGCAAUGCAUCCUGAUUGCGCGGGCAAACGAACCCGCAAAUGCAAACGACGUCACAAUACUGCAUGAAGUCGGCGCCCUCCAGGCACAAAUCAAGCACAAGGGAGAGGCGACAUUUGUGGCUGCCGUAGAAGCCCCGUCGUCCACUGUCUAG